AUGCAUUCAGUUCCAAAUUCUAGAGUAACCCGUGUUCUGAGCUUGAGUUUUGAGAGAAAAAUGGAGAAUAAUUUGAAUGGCAGUCACAGUCACAGCAACGGUGAAAGAGGCAUCAGUAGAUACCCAGUUGGACGUCGUCCUCGAAACCCCAUUGAUGAAAUAGCGAUGAGACGUGAAUUAAGCAAUUCACAGCAGGAACGAGACGACGUGAUUGAGGAAGAAGGAGAAGGAGUGACUGUAAGUGAAGAGGAUUCCAUAGACAAUGAAGAAGAUAUGGACUACGAUGAUGAGCCCAAUGCUCCUUUACCAGGUGUUAAUAGAGCGGUUGUGGCUGCUAUCCCUGCUGUUCAAACUGCACCUACACUAAACGACAUUCAUACUAAUGGCGUUUAUAUGGAGCUUUCUGAUCCUGACGUGCUUGACUGUUACAUAUGCUAUGAACCUUUGUAUAUUCCAGUCUACCAGUGCAUCAAUGGACAUGUUGUGUGCGUUUCUUGCUUUUGCAAAAUUCAGCACAAGUGUCCCUUUUGCUCAAUGUACAUUGGCAACAACCGGUGCCGAGCAAUGGAGAAUGUUCUAGAAGCAGUGAAAAUUACGUGCCCAAAUGCAAAAUAUGGUUGCAACCAGAUGAUAAGGUACAGUGAGAAACGUGAACAUGAGAAAACAUGCGACUUUGUCCCAUGUUCAUGUCUGCAGCCAUUUUGUGACUUUGUGGGCAGUUCCAAGGUUUUAGCAAAGCACUUGGGCGAUGACCAUUUUUUCAAUCGAACAAAAUUCAACUAUGGUGAAUUUUUCAAUGUCUCCAUAAGUGUUCAUAGGAAAUUCUCUGUGCUUCAAUCGCGAAGUGAUGACAAACUCUUUGCUAUUUGCAAUAAGGCUGAUGUUAGGGAGCAUGAAAUUUUUGUUUGUUUCAUUGGUCCUAUUUUUAUGGUCCCUCAAUUUAGUUAUGAAAUUAAGGUUGUGUCUGAUAAUGAUGGAGAGAGCUAUGAAUUGCCUCAAACUUCUGUGGAGAAAAAUAUUCAAGGUGGCAGAACUGGAUUUCCUUCAGUAACCAUGUUCCUUAAUGUUCCAUUAGAGGUAUUUCGUCCUCGUUAUUAUAGCAGAAUGGAGGUUGAACUGCAACUUCGAAUUACAAGGGUAAUUGGUGCUGCUACAAAUUCUGAAGCUGGUCCCUCCGGGCUUAAUUAG